GUUGGCCAGAGAGAACUCCAAAGGAUGAAGAAGAGAGGAAAGUGUUCAUAGCCGAGCAUCACAAGCAGAAGACUGAGCUAUUCAUGUUAAUUGAUCAAGCUCUAACGAAUGGAGUAAAAGUCGCUGUGUGCAGCACUUCAAAUGAGAAGGCGUCUCAUGCUUGCUUGGACCAGAACGAGCAGGGAAGAUCAAGAUAUUCGCAGGAGAUGUAG